UCAUUUCAACAGGUGGUUUUUAAACUUUCACUUUUCCUGUCAAUUUGGUGUGAUUUUGUGCAAAAUUUCUCACGCUUUUUCCUGCAGUUUUCCUAUUUUCCCCCAGUUUACAUUCAUCUAUUGCACUUUGAAACAGACCAUGAAAGUCUCGCGAGUUUUAUUGUGAGUGAUUUGUGUGGAAUUUUCGCGAUUUUGAUCGGAAAUUACUGUGCAGAAUUUCAGGGUCAAUCAUGAUCUCAGUUUGGUAAUUGGGGUGGAAAGUCAAUUGAUUUUAUUGCUUUUCCGUAUAGUUUGUCAAUUAAAUUAUGAGUUAUCUUCUGUAUAUAGUCGCUUUUAUGCUCUUCCGACUUAUUUACGGAGAGUACAUCCCUCCUGGACCGAAAUAUACCUGUCCAAAGAUUGGACAAAUUCUCUAUCCUUGUAACUGUACUCAGGGAACAGACAAUGGUCUCUAUGUUACUUGUGAAAAUACCAAUUUGGCUAGCUUGUCCAUAAGUCUGGAAAAUUUGGCACGUCUUGAGAGUCCUGUUGAAGAACUUUUAAUCACUAAAUCCAGCUUCAGGAAUCUUUAUGGAACCCUAUUUUACAAAUCCAAAGUGCGAGUUCUUAAGAUUGAAGAUACUCCACUUGAGUACAUUGACGAAGGAUCCUUCUUUGGGAUAAAUGAAACUUUGACUGAGCUUUACCUCACAAAUACUUUCUUGAUGGAAUUUCCGAAGGAAGCAUUGAAUCCUCUAGGCUUACUCACAAUCCUCAAGAUUGAUGGUCACCGGAUUGAAAAUCUCGGUACAGAUAUUUUUGCCAACAGCUCAGCGGUGGGAGUAAUUGAGAGACUAACUCUGAGCAAUGGUGCACUUAAGGAGCUUCAACCACAAUCAUUUCAGACUCUGCGGAAAUUGAAAUUUUUAGAUUUGCAUGGAAAUAAUUUCACUACACUGAAAAAGAAUCAAUUUAAGAAUUUGAGAGAUGUAGAAGUACUCGAUUUAAGUCACAAUUUCAUUGCAAAACUCGAUGCAUCUCACAUUUCUGAUCUGACCAAAUUGGGAUGGUGCAAUGUAUCUCACAAUGCGCUCAAAGAAUUAACAAGGGGAACUUUUGCUCGAAAUUCUGUUCUUAAAGUUCUCAAUAUGGCUCACAAUAGAAUCUCUAGAUUAGAUGCCAAUAGUUUCCGGGGGAUGAGAUUCCUCAGGAGGCUAUACCUCAAUGACAAUAGCAUCAGUGACAUCGGCAGGGGCGUAUUUAAUGCAGUUGCCAGAAUAGGAACUAUCGACUUGGCCAGGAAUUUGAUAAAGAAAAUCGACUUUCAGAUGUUUUCAGAGUUGAAUUAUGUAGAGAUUAUUGAUGUCUCUGAAAACAAUGUGACAGAGAUUCUCAAGGGAUCAUUCAAGGAUCUCUAUUUGACCAACAUCAACAUCUCGCACAAUCGCAUUUCAAAGAUCGAAGCUAAUUCCUUUAUCAAUUGUGCCAACAUCACAGCUCUCGAUAUGUCUCACAAUGAAAUAACUCAUUUUCCGGGUGAUGCCUUCGAUACCACAACUUAUGCUACAGUCUUUCAGCUUUCCUACAAUCAACUCACAGAUCUGUCGAAGGUACCCCUGAAGAAUAUGACGGGUCUUAAAGUGCUCAAUGUCUCUCACAAUGCCAUUGAGACUAUUCCCAAAAAUACCUUCCCGAAACUCUAUGAACUCCAUACAAUUGAUGCUUCAUUCAACAAUAUUAGUGAAAUAUUCAAUGGAGUAUUUCAGACACUAUUUUCCCUAAGAUUUCUCAAUCUAAGUCACAAUUCCCUCGAAAUCCUGAAAUCCUCAACAUUUGGUCCCCUCUCAACUGUUCUGGAGUUGGAUCUGAGUGACAAUCUACUCAGAAAUAUUGCAAGAAGUUGCUUCACGAAACUCUCGAGCCUUCAGAUGCUCAAUCUGGAAAAUAAUCAACUGGAAAAACUCUUUCAAAUCCCCAUUUCGUGCAGUCGACUCAAUCUAAAGAAUAAUCUACUGAAGGAGAUUCCAGACAGAACUUGGCCAACGAUGAAUGCUCUGCUUUGGUUGGAUUUAUCAAAUAAUCAACUGGAAGAUAAUUUAACUGGUGGAAGUUUUAAUGGGCUUUUGACCCUUCAGACAAUCAUCUUGGCAUCCAACGGGAUUACAAAAGUUCCAUGGGAGAGUUUUGUACCUCUAUCAACUCUUCAAUAUCUUCACAUGGAGAACAACAAUCUGACGAGUUUGGCAAAAGGAGCUUUUGGAAAACUUCCUGUUGUCUUCGAAGUCAAUUUGUUCAACAAUCAAAUCUCCGAUAUAAGCAAAAAGGCAUUUGAUGGACUUCUAGCACUUCUUACUCUCAAUUUAUCCACAAAUUCACUUGCAACCAUUCCCAAUGAUGCAUUUGCAAGUCUUGUGGCCCUCAGAGUUUUAGAUUUAUCUCACAACAUGAUUGAGAAACUGGACAAUAAGACAAACAGUAUCCUGGAGGAUUGCUUAAGUCUUAAUGAGAUUGAUCUCAGUUUCAACAAGAUUAGCUUUGUGACCAAGAAAACCUUCCCUUCAGAUCCCUAUGUGCCCUAUCGAUUAACAAAGAUAAAUCUGAGUCACAACAAAUUGCCACUGAUAACCAGAGAUAUUUCGUUUGGGACCAAAAAGGUCACCAACUUGAAUGUCUCCUACAAUGCUAUAAGUACUAUUCAACCAGGUGCACUCGGAAAUUUGACCUCCCUGGAAGUGUUGGAUCUCAGUUACAAUAAAUUAUGGGACCUCAGUGAGGCCAAUGUGUUCAAUUUGCCAGUGAAUAUUACGGAACUCUAUCUGUCUGGCAACAAUUUAGCUGAAAUUCCUAUUAGAGAGAUUGCGAAUGUGUCUCAUUUGAAGCUGCUCGAUGUAGAAUUCAACAAAUUAACUUCAUUGGACCAGAAAUUGCUGAAUAAAAUAAUGAUGGAAGGUCUUCAGGUCAAUCUGGGAGAAAAUAAUCUGCAGUGUGACUGCCGUAUGAGACCUUUUAAACACUACUUUGAAUCCUUUACGAGUAUUCCCAAGGCUUAUGAAAAAUUUGUUUGCUCCUCACCAAUGCAUAUCGAAAACAUUGCUCUCAUAAAUGUAACUGAUGCUCAAUUAAAUUGUCCAGAAGAUCCAACAUCUGAAGAUUACAGUGCUCUUCCUGAUCUUCAAUUCAGAGAAAUAUCUUUCCUCAAAGGAAAUUUACUCGUGAGAUGGUUCGUAACUGCCCAGAGAGAUAUUGCGGAUUUUUACGUGAUUAUUCGCGACACAGUCAAUAACAUUCUCUUUGAGCGUCACACAUCGUACGAUACGAGAAUGGUGACAAUAGCUAAAGAAGAGAUAUUUGGGAAUGGACCUCCAAAAGCUGUUCAAAUUUGUGUGAUGGCCAAAUUGAGUACAGGAAGCAUUGAGAGAUGGUUUGAGUCGCAAUGCAAAAAUCUUCCUGAGAAUUUUGCUCAAAGCACAUCGAAAUACAAAAGCAUUUUCUACUCAUCUCAGCCACUAUCUAAGCGCAAAGUUCUCUACUCAGCAAUCAGCUGUGCCUGGACUUGUAGCAUUUCAAAAUACUCAAUUAUAUUAGCACUGAUAAGCCUAUAUUUUAUAUAAAAAUGACUGUACUUAAUUUUUGAUACCUAAAUCAUUCCGUCCAUUUUUUUUAUACAAAAGAGUUUUUAUAUGAACAUUCGUCAUUUUGCGCGGAAGAAAAUAUUGCUGUGAAAAUAAUUAAUUAUACUCCAUGAAUAAAAAAAUCUAUUUAAUCUGGACAACA